AUGGCCUCAGCCAGCAGCUCCCCAUGUGAAGAGCAGCUCCAGUGUUCAAUCUGUCUGGAUGGGUUCACUGAGCCUGUCUCUACUCCAUGUGGACACAACUACUGCAAGCACUGCAUCACAGGGUACUGGGAUAGAAGCACCCUGAUACAGUGCCCCCUCUGCAAGAAGAGGUUCCGCAAGCGGCCACAGCUCCAGGUCAACCCUGAGUUCAGAGACAUUUUGAAGCAUUCCAACCACAUGAAGGUGAAUGGGGAUGAGGACAUAGCCAAACCAGGAGAGGUGCCCUGUGACAUCUGCAUCCAGAAGAAGCAUAAAGCAGCGCAGAGGGAGGCUGAAGACGUGGUGACAGAGCUGAAGCAGGAAGUCUCUGAGCUCAGGAGGAGAAGAUCUGAGUGUGAAGAACUUUUACAAACAGAGGACCACCUCAGCUUCCUGCAGAGCUGUUCACCUCUCUGCAUAUACAACAAUCUGGUCCAAUCCAACAUGCCAAUAGACCUCUCUGACUUCAGUCAGCAGAGUUCUAAAGGAUUUCAGUAUCAACCCUUUAUCCUUGGGACUGAGGGCUUCUCCUCUGGCAGGUUCUACUACGAAGUUCAGGUCGGUGGGACUGGAUGUUGGGUAUUGGGAGUGGUCAAAAAGUCCAUCGGCAAGUUUGUAUCACAUUUCCCCAACCCGGAGCAGGUAGGCUGGACAUUCUUAAAACUCAACAAUACAAAAUCCCAAUCCCAAAAUGAAUAUUUCCCAGGCACUUGUAGCCGUUCUCCCCUGUCCCUGAGGCAAAGGCCCCAGAAGGUUGGAGUGUUUGUCGAUUACGAGAAGGGCGAGGUGUCCUUCUACGACGUGGACGCCAGGACUCUGAUCUACUCCUACUCAGAAUGUGCCUUCAUUGAGACCCCGUCAGCACUCAAGUCUUUUUUCUAUUAUAUUGCAGGCAUAUCCUUUGGUAACAGACCAAAGCUCUACCCUUUUUUGGGGGCCUUCAGUAAUGGAGAGAAUUCUGACACCAUGCUUCUUAUCACUCCUGUAGCCCAUGCAAUUUAA